CUCCGUACUCGAGACCAACACUGCUUUCAUCUGGUUCUCAUCAGGAAACCCUAAUUGAAAAAAAUGGUAGAAUUCAAUUAUUUUGUUUCCUUCACUCAGAUGAUGUCAUCAUAAAUUUUCUACUUCACCUUUCCCCAAAUUAAAAACCUCCAUUAAAACCUCAAAAACCCUAAGCCCUAAAAUUCUCGCCCUUCGAAUCUCUCCAGAAAUUCACCCUCUCAUAAAUUGCACUUUCAGAUCAUCUUUGCCGGAAUGGUGAACUUAUCAUGGGAUAUCCUAUCAGACAACCUUGUUCGGUUGCCUGCGAAGUCCAUCGCACGAUUCAGGUGUGUAAACAAAGGGUGGUGUCAUUUAAUGAAAAAUCCUGAAUUUCUUAAAAGACAAUUUAAGCAUGCUGUUGAGCUGAACAGAUUUAGUAUCGUGUUUCACAAUCAGAAUGAUACAUAUACCUUUAGUUAUGAUCCAUCAUCGUCAAUAUGUAAGAGCUCUGGUCAUAUCAGAUACCCUUCUUUUAAAAUGGAAAUUGAGUUUUUUGGAUGUUGUAAUGGCUUGGUUUUGUUAAGGCAUAUUAAUGGGUUCAUGUCGCAUCUACUCAUCCUUUGGAACCCGACCACUAACGAGUGUAAGAAGUUACCAGAUCCAGCAACUGAAGAAAAGGUGCGCCUAAUGGAAUUAGUAGAAUAUGGAAUUGGUUAUGAUCACCAAAUUGAGGAUUUCAAAGUUGUACGUAUAGCGGUGGAUAGGUGUGAGGUUCAUGUGUAUACACUAAAAUCAAAUUCAUGGAGAAAACUUGAGGACAUCCAGAGUCAUUUGUUUUCCUACUUCUGAUAUACCUGAUAUGUCUCAUUUACCUGUUAACGGUGCUCUUUACUGGAAAGCGUCAAGAGGGAAUGAGCACAUGAAAUACAUUCUUCGCUUUGAUUUCGAGAAAGAAGUAUUCGAUCGGAUACUAAUACCUGAUGAAGUUAAUGAUGAUCACAGAUGGCAUUUGUGUGUUUUAGGAGGGUCUCUUUGGUUACUUGUUAAUGAGUGUGGGCAUAGUCUUCAAUUCUGGAAGUUGAAGGACAAUGAAGUGAAGAAAUCAUGGACCAUUACUUUAACCAUUGAGUUAGAUAAAUUUUACUAUAUGCAGGAUUUGAUUCCCUUACAGUUUUUAGAGAACGGUAAAAAUUUGUUUGGGGCACACAAUGAACAUGAUUGUUUGCAUUUCAUUUUGUAUGACCCCAUACAUGAGACAACUAGAACUCCUAAGGCUUACAAGGUUAUAGCAACUUCAUCAUUCCCUACUUCAGUCUAUAUAGAGAAUCUAAUCUCACUCCAGACGGGUACAUAUCUAGGGCAAGAACAGUUGGACGAAGAAGAUAUGAUGCCGGAGGAGAAUAGGUUGACAAUGAGGCUGUCGGUGGUUCAGUUGGUAGUGCAGCUAUUGAUGGCACUAGUAAUGUUGAUGGCAUUGUAUAAGAAGACACAUCCAGAACAAAAUUAAGGAAAACAGGACAACAUGAGUGUUUUUUAUGCAGUAAUUUUCUUUGAUAAAUUUGUUAUUUCCGUAUCUAGAGUCGGUAGAUGGUUGUUAGACUAUCAGACUGGGAUGUUCUUCUUCUAGUUGAAAGAUGUGUCAGAUAUUUGUGUUA